UUCAAAGCUUCUAAAAUGGAUAAUUAGGGAUUUUUCAAAAUUUCUGAAUUCGAUUCGAUUCCGUUGCAAUGGUGGAGAGACGGAGUCCUCUCGUUCUCUCAUCCACCAGAGCCACACUCCGCUCAGUGCUCAAUUCUCUUCAACCCGUCGCUUCCGGCGGCGCCCGAGCUUCGAAUAGCGACGGGAUUAGGUUGCCAGCUGGCAUUCUCAGGUGGCAACGGGACGGAGUAAAUGAUUCCGAUUCAAAGUUUGAUUCUUUCGAUGACUCAGCAUUGGUUGGACUCUCGACCAAGAGACUUUCCAUCAACGCCGGCUCUUUGGUUGUUAUCAACAACAUCGACAUAGGCAUCCAACGGAUCGCGCAAGUCGUUGUACUUGAUCCUCCUCCCAAGACGACGACGUUGGAUGAUGCCUCUCUCGUUUUGGACUCUCUCCAUACAAUGCUUGUCUUUCCUACUUACGAUUUGAUGAUGAUGACUCAGCAGUUACUAGCUCAAGAGGUUGCUUACGUGUCUCCGAUGUUAGCUUUUAAUCUCGGCUUGCACGUGUCUUGCCUGAAGUCCCUCGUCCAUCGAGGGAACGAGGUCUUGGAGAAGUAUUUUGUUGCUAAAUUCGACGAAGGGGAAUCUGCGGUGGGUGGCUCUAAGAUUGGUUUGGAGUUGGAACCUGUGUCUGAAGCUCCGGGGUAUGCAUCGCAUCUGAGGGUUUCGUUUGUUAAGAUCCCGGAGUGUGGUACCACUGUGUUGCAUAAGUAUUUUGGAACUGAUAGGCAGAUGUCAAGAGGGGGUGUGUUUCGCGUUUACAUUGACUGGAACUGUGGUUCAAGCAUUUGUAUUCCAUGUAGUGGAAGGUUAUGCUCCAAAAGCGAGGACUAUAUAUAUUUCAAGGUUAUUGCGAUGGAACCAUCUAAUGAGAGGUUUCUUCGAGUCAAUCACUACCAAACCGCUCUUGUACUUGGAGGAACGGUCUCUUCUGGUCUUCCACCGGAUUUGCUGGUUUCUAGAUCAAAGGUCCCUAUGCCUUUGCAGGAGGACGCAGUAAAUGUUUUGGCGUCGGUGCUUUCUCCACCUCUCUGCCCAUCAGCACUCUCCUUAAAGCUCAGGUUUGCUGUUUUACUACAUGGCCUGCCUGGGUGCGGGAAGCGAAUUGUUGUUAACUAUGUUGCUAGGAGGUUGGGCCUGCAUGUAGUUGAAUAUAGCUGCCACAGUUUAUUAUCAUCAUCUGAAAGGAAGACGUCUACUGCUCUGGCACAGACUUUUAAUAUGGCACGAAGGUUUAGACCAACGAUACUUCUGCUCCGCCAUUUCGAUGUUUUUAAAAAUCUGGGAUCUCAGGAUGGCUCCCAGGGGGAUCGAGUUGGCGUAGCCUCGGAGAUUGCAUCGGUUAUUAGGGAACUCACUGAGCCAGUUUCUAAUGGUGAAUACAGUUCCAUGGAAGAAGAAUCGAAUGACAAUUCCUCUGUAGAUGAAGUUGGGAAGUUUAGGGGACACCAGGUGUUGUUAAUUGCAUCUACUGAAAGCACUGAAGGUCUCUCUCCGACAAUCAGGCGUUGCUUUAGCCAUGAGAUACGGAUGGGUUCUCUAAAUGACGAACAGAGAUCUGAGAUGCUGUCUCAGUCACUCCAAGGUGUUUCUCAGCUCCUUAAUACCAGCUCAGAUGAAUUUGUGAAAGAAUUAGUUGGGCAGACUUCUGGUUUCCUACCUCGGGACUUGCUUGCUCUUGUAGCUGAUGCUGGUGCCAACUUAUUCAACAGUAAAGAGUCCGAGACUGAAAAGAUGAAUUCUCUGUCGGGUGAUCCUGUUGGAGAUGAUGUAGACCAGUCAAGUCAAUUAGAUAAGAGCAAUGAGACAUUAACACCUAAGGCAGACUUCACAAAAGCUUUGGAUCGAUCAAAGAAAAGAAAUGCAUCAGCCCUUGGUGCUCCUAAGGUUCCAAAUGUGAAAUGGGAUGAUGUUGGUGGGCUUGAGGAUGUGAAGACUUCGAUAUUGGACACAGUUCAGUUACCUCUCCUGCAUAAAGAUUUAUUCUCAUCUGGACUACGUAAACGUUCUGGUGUACUUCUCUAUGGCCCUCCAGGAACAGGGAAAACUUUACUUGCAAAAGCUGUGGCGACAGAGUGCUCUUUAAAUUUCCUGAGCGUAAAAGGUCCAGAGUUAAUCAACAUGUAUAUUGGCGAGUCAGAGAAAAAUGUUCGAGAUAUAUUCGAAAAGGCGAGAUCAGCACGGCCGUGUGUGAUCUUCUUUGAUGAGCUUGAUUCACUUGCUCCAGCUCGAGGUGCUUCUGGUGAUUCAGGGGGAGUCAUGGACCGAGUGGUCUCUCAGAUGCUUGCAGAGAUUGAUGGACUCAGCGAUUCUUCCCAGGAUCUGUUUAUUAUAGGAGCAAACAACAGACCUGACCUGAUUGAUCCAGCUCUUCUACGACCUGGCAGAUUCGACAAACUUCUUUAUGUCGGAGUCAACGCUGAUGCGACUUACAUAGAAAGGGUCCUAAAAGCACUGACGCGGAAGUUUAAGCUAAGUGAAGAUGUAUCGCUUUAUUCAGUAGCAAAGAAGUGUCCCUCGACGUUCACUGGCGCUGAUAUGUACGCAUUGUGUGCGGAUGCUUGGUUUCAGGCAGCUAAGCGAAAGGUCUUGAACUCAGAUUCAGAGGUGUCUCUUCCAGAAGACGAUCCAGAUUCUGUUGUUGUAGAGUAUGUGGAUUUUAUAAAGGCGAUGGAUCAGCUUUCGCCAUCACUCUCCAUAAGUGAACUGAAGAAGUAUGAGGCGCUUCGAGACCAAUUUGAAGGCCGUUCCAGCUAAAACUCCUCAAGUCAUAUUAGCAACGAAAAAAAAAAAAAAAGUAGCAUACAGAUUACAGAGCUAAAACCUUCCAUGUACAUAUGACAUUAGCACAAUAAUAAAAACCUUUUUGAUUUGGGUCAGAGAAUCUUAAUUGGUUCCAAAUUUGUUGUAGACAGCAUAUCCUUUUCACAAGGAGAUUAUUAAGACAAAUCCUAUUUAUAGUUGGUCGGAAAGAACCAACUUUUUAAACGCUGACAUCAUCAACGUCACAUGGAAGUUUGCUUUGUUUGUGGAAGCUGGUCCGAACUCGUUUAGAUGAAUUAUUUGUGUGUUUUGAGUAAAUUCUCUUCUUUUU